AAUAAGAAAACCCGCCCUCUCAUUCUGUUCUGUGCUUCGUUGUUCGUCCUUUGCACCGAUCUCCGCCGCUUCUGCCGUUUCUCUCAUGCCAUGUCACUCCGCUACCGCCACCGCCACGGUCCUCCAUCGGCCCCGGCCCGACCACCCGAGGAAGAAGAACCCUUCAACAUUAUUCCUGUUCACAACCUCCUUGCUGACCACCCCUCCCUCCGCUUCCCCGAGGUACGGGCAGCCGCCGCUGCCUUACACACCGUGGGUGACCUCCGGAGGCCUCCUUAUGCCCAAUGGCAUCCCUCCAUGGACCUGCUUGAUUGGCUUGCACUGUUCUUCGGUUUUCAGAGGGACAAUGUGAGGAACCAAAGGGAGCACCUUGUUCUACACCUUGCUAAUGCCCAGAUGCGCCUUUCCCCUCCGCCGGAUAAUAUUGAUACUCUCGAUGCUAGUGUGCUCCGGAGUUUCCGCCGGAAGUUGCUCAAGAACUAUACCAACUGGUGUUCUUAUAUUGGGAAGAAAUCGAACAUCUGGAUCUCGGAUAGCAUUCGGUCUAGUUCUGAUCAGCGCCGGGAACUACUCUAUGUUGGGCUUUAUUUGUUGAUCUGGGGCGAAUCCGCGAAUCUGCGGUUCAUGCCGGAGUGCAUCUGCUAUAUAUUUCAUAACAUGGCUACGGAAUUGAACAAGAUUCUUGAAGAUUACAUUGAUGAGAAUACAGGGCAGCCCGUGAUGCCGUCGAUAUCUGGAGAAAACGCGUUUCUGAACAGCGUUGUGAAGCCCAUAUAUGAAACAAUACAGGCAGAGGUGGAAAGUAGCAAGUACGGGACGGCUCCACACAGUGCUUGGAGGAAUUAUGAUGAUUUGAAUGAGUACUUUUGGAGUAAGCGUUGUUUUCUGAAGCUGAAGUGGCCGAUUGAUGUGGGCGGUAACUUUUUCGUCUCUGCAAGUAGGGGCAAGCAUAUAGGAAAAACUGGGUUUGUUGAGCAGAGGUCAUUCUGGAAUUUGUUUAGGAGCUUUGACAGGCUAUGGGUGAUGCUGGUGCUAUUCUUGCAGGCUGCUAUUAUUGUUGCCUGGCAAGAGAAGAGGUAUCCAUGGAAUGCAUUGACAGAUAAGGGUGUUCAGGUUAAGGUUUUGACAUUAUUUAUCACCUGGAGUGCAAUGAGGUUUUUACAGUCUUUACUGGACAUAGGGACUCAGUAUGGUCGUGUUUCCUGGGAGACCUUGGGGCUUGGUGUAAGGAUGGUGCUGAAAACUGUGGUUGCUGCCGCAUGGAUGGUUAUUUUUGCGGUUUUCUAUGGCAGGAUUUGGGCACAGAGGAAUCAGGACAGAGAAUGGUCCCGUGAGGCUAACCAUCGUGUAUUGACUUUUCUUGAGGUUGCAUUUGUUUUUGUGAUUCCGGAGUUAUUAGCCUUGGUCUUGUUUUUACUUCCUUGGAUUAGGAAUUUUAUUGAGGAGACGAAUUGGAGGAUUUUUUACAUGUUGUCCUGGUGGUUUCAGAGUAGGAGUUUUGUUGGUCGGGGGUUGAGGGAGGGGCUAGUUGAUAAUAUUAAAUAUACUCUGUUCUGGGUUAUGGUGUUAGCAACAAAGUUUGCUUUCAGUUACUUCCUGCAGAUUAAACCUAUGAUCAGACCAACAAAGCAGCUGUUAGCUCUUAAGAAUCUGAAGUAUGAGUGGCAUGAAUUUUUUGGUAGCAGCAAUAGAUUUGUUGUUGGUUUGCUGUGGUUGCCGGUGGUGUUGAUAUAUCUGAUGGAUAUCCAGAUUUGGUACUCGAUUUAUUCCUCAUUUGUUGGGGCUGCAGUGGGGUUGUUUCAGCACCUGGGUGAAAUCAGAAACAUCCAGCAGUUGAGGCUGAGGUUUCAGUUCUUUGCAAGUGCAAUUCAGUUCAAUCUAAUGCCAGAGGAGCAGUUAUUGAAUGCAAGAGGGACAUUGAAGAACAAGUUUAAGGAUGUCAUUCAUCGGCUGAAACUGAGGUAUGGGCUUGGAAGGCCCUAUAAAAAGCUUGAAUCAAACCAAGUUGAGGCCAACAAAUUUGCUCUGAUAUGGAAUGAGGUUAUUUUAAUCUUCAGGGAAGAAGAUAUCAUCUCCGACCGUGAACUUGAAAUGCUAGAGUUGCCCCAGAAUUCUUGGAAUGUCAGAGUUAUUCGUUGGCCAUGUUUCUUGCUCUGCAAUGAGCUGCUGCUUGCUCUCAGCCAGGCCAAAGAGUUGGUGGAUGCUCCUGAUAAGUGGCUCUGGUACAAGAUAUGCAAGAAUGAGUAUAGGCGUUGUGCUGUGAUUGAAGCUUAUGAUAGUAUCAAGCACUUAAUGCUUGAAAUCAUCAAAGUUAACACUGAAGAGCAUUCAAUUCUUACAGUCUUGUUUCAAGAGAUUGAUCAUUCUGUUCAGAUUGAGAAGCUUACUCGAACAUUUAAAAUGACUGCCCUGCCCCAGAUUCAUAUGAAAGUUAUAAAACUCAUUGAGCUUUUAGAGAAGCCCAAAAAGGAUAUGAGCCAGGUUGUGAAUACAUUGCAGGCCCUUUAUGAGAUUGCUAUUCGGGAUUUUUUCAGAGAGAAUAAGAGCACUGAACAGCUGAAGGAGGAUGGAUUGGCUUCUCUUAAUCCAGCUGCCAUGGCAGGUCUUCUGUUUGAAAAUGCUGUUGAGUUGCCUGAUCCCAGUAAUGAGAAUUUCUAUCGGCGAGUGAGGCGCUUACACACAAUCCUUACCUCCAGGGACUCGAUGCAUAAUAUUCCAGUUAACCUUGAGGCCAGACGUCGAAUUGCCUUUUUUAGCAACUCCCUGUUUAUGAAUAUGCCUCAUGCUCCCCAAGUGGAGAAGAUGAUGGCUUUUAGUGUUCUCACUCCCUACUAUAAUGAAGAGGUUUUGUACAGCAAAGAACAGCUCCGGACUGAGAAUGAAGAUGGGAUUUCCAUCUUGUAUUAUUUGCAGACCAUUUAUCAUGAUGAGUGGAAAAAUUUUUUGGAGAGGAUGCGUCGAGAGGGAAUGGCAAAGGAUGAUGAGAUAUGGACUACAAAAUUAAGGGAGUUGAGGCUCUGGGCGUCAUACAGAGGACAGACACUUGGUCGCACUGUCAGGGGAAUGAUGUACUAUUAUCGAGCUCUAAAGAUGCUGGCUUUUCUUGAUUCUGCCUCGGAGAUGGAUAUUAGGGAAGGGGCACGAGAACUGGGUUCAAUGAGGAGACAUGGCAGUUUUGAUGGUUACAACUUUGAGAGGUCACCUUCUUCCAGAAGUUUAAGCAGGUCAAGCAGCUCAGUGGGUUUGUUAUUUAGAGGCCAUGAGUGUGGGACGGCUUUGAUGAAAUACACAUAUGUGGUUGCUUGCCAGAUAUAUGGAGCUCAAAAGGCUAAAAAGGAUCCACAUGCUGAUGAAAUCUUGUAUUUGAUGAAAAACAAUGAAGCCCUUCGUGUUGCCUAUGUUGAUGAUGUUUUGACUGGAAGGGAUGAGAAGGAGUAUUACUCUGUGCUUGUAAAAUAUGAUCAGCAAUUACAGAGGGAAGUGGAGAUCUACCGUGUCAAGUUGCCUGGUCCUUUGAAGCUCGGAGAGGGCAAACCAGAGAAUCAGAACCAUGCUCUAAUCUUCACUCGUGGUGAUGCUGUACAAACCAUUGAUAUGAACCAAGAUAACUAUUUUGAGGAGGCACUGAAAAUGCGAAAUCUGUUGGAAGAAUACAGGUGCUACUAUGGCAUCCGGAAGCCUACCAUAUUGGGAGUAAGGGAACAUAUUUUUACUGGUUCUGUUUCAUCACUUGCUUGGUUUAUGUCAGCUCAAGAAACGAGUUUUGUAACCUUGGGGCAGCGCGUUUUGGCAAACCCUUUGAAAGUCAGAAUGCAUUAUGGUCAUCCAGAUGUCUUUGACAGGUUUUGGUUUCUUACUCGGGGUGGCAUCAGUAAAGCUUCUCGAGUUAUUAACAUUAGUGAGGACAUUUUUGCUGGCUUCAAUUGCACAUUGCGAGGUGGCAAUGUCACACACCAUGAAUACAUCCAAGUUGGAAAAGGAAGGGAUGUUGGGUUGAACCAAAUAUCCAUGUUUGAAGCUAAGGUUGCUAGUGGGAAUGGUGAGCAAGUUCUCAGCAGAGAUGUAUAUAGAUUGGGUCACAGACUGGAUUUCUUCCGGAUGUUAUCAUUCUUUUACACUACUGUGGGAUUCUUUUUCAAUACGAUGAUGGUCAUCCUUACUGUAUAUGCAUUUCUGUGGGGCCGACUUUAUCUGGCCCUUAGUGGUGUUGAGGGUUCUGCUUUGGCCAACAAUGGCAGCAACAAUGGCAGCAACAAUGGCAGCAACAAUGCAGCACUUGCUGCAAUCUUAAAUCAGCAGUUUAUCAUCCAACUUGGUCUGUUCACUGCUCUUCCAAUGAUAGUGGAGAAUUCUCUUGAGCAUGGGUUUCUUCAAGCUAUAUGGGAUUUCUUGACAAUGCAGCUGCAGCUUUCAUCUGUUUUCUAUACAUUCUCCAUGGGAACUCGUACUCACUUCUUUGGACGGACUAUCCUUCAUGGUGGUGCAAAGUAUCGGGCAACUGGGCGAGGUUUUGUUGUGCAGCACAAGAGUUUUGCAGAGAAUUACAGACUGUAUGCACGCAGCCAUUUUGUGAAGGCAAUUGAGCUUGGUUUGAUCCUUACUGUGUAUGCAUCUCAUAGCCCUGUUGCAAAGGGCACAUUUGUGUACAUAGCUAUGACCAUCUCAAGUUGGUUUCUGGUCAUAUCAUGGAUGCUGGCCCCUUUUGUGUUCAAUCCUUCAGGAUUUGAUUGGCUGAAGACUGUAUAUGACUUUGAUGAUUUCAUGAACUGGAUUUGGUAUCGUGGUAGUGUGUUUGCAAAGGCUGAAGAGAGCUGGGAGAGAUGGUGGUAUGAGGAGCAGGAUCAUCUAAGGACAACUGGCACCUGGGGAAAGUUACUGGAGAUAAUUUUAGACCUUCGCUUUUUCUUUUUCCAGUAUGGAAUUGUAUACCAGCUAGGUAUUGCUGACCAUAGUACAAAUAUAGCUGUUUACCUGUUGUCUUGGAUCUAUGUCCUUGUGGUUUUGGGGAUCUAUCUGCUGAUAUCAUAUGCUAGGAACAAAUACGGAGCGAGAGAACAUAUAUACUACCGACUGGUUCAUUUCCUUGUCAUCAUUCUCGCGAUAGUAGUUAUUAUUGCCCUGCUAGAGUUUACUGCAUUCAAAUUUGUUGAUCUUUUCACAAGUCUACUGGCUUUUAUCCCUACUGGCUGGGGCCUGUUAUUGAUUGCCCAAGUAUUCCGACCCUUUUUACAAUCUGUUAGACUUUGGAACCUCGUGGUCUCUGUUGCUCGUCUAUAUGAGAUAAUGUUUGGAGUGAUAGUCAUGGCCCCAGUGGCAUUUUUGUCAUGGAUGCCUGGGUUCCAGUCAAUGCAGACAAGAAUUCUAUUUAAUGAAGCAUUUAGCAGGGGUCUAAGGAUAUUCCAGAUAGUUACAGGAAAAAAAUCUAAGGGUGACUUGUAAUUAAGGGAUGAAGUUAUGUGAUGUGGUGUCUCUUCAGGAUUGUUAAAGUGGAAAUUAAUCAGUUGCCACCAUGUGGGCAUUGGUCACCUUUGAUAUUAUAUUCAUGUUUGAAAUAAGCAGUGUGAAUCAUGGGAUUGUUGUACAUGUUUACUUGCUGGAUUUCAUUUUCAACACGAUUGAGAUUAUCUUGCAUGGGAUGAUAUAUUUGUUCAAAAUUUGGUGGAGAGUGAAAUGGCAGUUUGAGCGUUGAAUUGCCGGAUUUGACUCCGUAAUUAUUCGCACUUCUAACAUAUACUCCCAUCAGUUCUUUAAAGUUCUCCACAUUUCUUGAGGUAUAGCUCUUUGUGCAGUCUUUAUAACAAGAAUAUAGUUGAGCAUUUGCUUUUUCUUUGGUAUAUUGAAGUUUUGUCUUCAAAGAGUGGUAGAACCUGAACCAGAACAUUUGUUAUUCUUUUACCAGCCAGAAAUGCUGCCAUUUGUUCAAUGAAGCUUACUUUUACCA